AUGGCUCAUAAAUCGAUUGAUAAAUCAUCUAAAAAACAUAAAAAGGAUAAGCACACUAUUGAGAAAAAAAAGAAAGAGAAAAAAUCUAAAAGGUCAAAGGACGUAGAAGCGGAAACUUGUACGGAGGGCAAGCGUUUAAAAAAAAGUAAAACAAGUUCUGACUUUUCUUCCGCUGAAGACGAAGAGGGCGUUAUAAAUAACGAAGAUCCUUCUUCUUUUAAUAAUUAUUGUUUGUCACCAAGCACUAUAAGAAAUUUAGAGAAAAAGGGCAUUAAAACUUUAUUUCCGAUUCAACAAUGUUGUUUUAACCAUAUUUACGAAGGAAAAGAUCUUGUAGGACGGGCAAGAACUGGAACAGGGAAGACUCUCGCCUUUUCACUUCCUAUUAUUGAACGUUUAGAACCUUCACACGAAUAUGGUAGGAAAGCACGUGUUUUGGUUUUAACUCCAACUAGAGAGUUAGCUAAACAGGUUGCGGAAGAUUUUAUUUCAAUAGGAACUUUUUUAAAGACGCUGUGCAUUUAUGGAGGUGUCCCAUAUGAGCCUCAAGAAACUGCCUUGAGGAAAGGAGUUGACGUCGUUGUUGGUACACCCGGUCGCAUUUUAGAUCACAUUGAGAGAAAGACUUUAAUUUUAGAUAAUCUUAAGUUUAUUUGUCUUGAUGAAGCCGAUCAAAUGCUUGACAUUGGAUUUAAAGAUUCUAUGGAAGCGAUACUGAAAGUUGCGGCUCCUUAUGGGAAUAAAGAAAAAACUUAUCAAAUGCUUUUAUUUUCAGCAACUCUUCCUACUUGGGUCCACAAGACAACUCAAAAAUACAUGAAUAUAGAUAAAGUAACUGUUGAUCUAGUAAAAGACGAAGUGCAGAAAACAAGUACUCUUAUUGAGCACGUUGCUAUUCGGUGCCCUUAUUACGCUAGGGAAAAGGCCAUUCGGGACGUAAUUAUGGUUUAUUCUGGGAAAAAGGGACGGACGAUUAUUUUUGUUUCUACUAAAAGAGAAGCCAAUCAGUUAAACUCCAGCUCUGUUUUGAAUCAGGAGUGUCAACCCCUUCACGGCGAUAUCCCGCAGGCACAACGAGAGGCGACCAUGAAGGGCUUUCGAGAUGGGCAGUUUCGAGUCCUCAUAGCGACUGACGUUGCUGCGCGGGGGCUCGACAUUGCCAACGUGGACGUCGUUAUUAACUGCGAGCCCCCGAAGGACAGCGACACUUACGUGCACCGCUCCGGUCGCACCGGAAGAGCAGGGCAACGCGGGCUUUGCGUGACUUUUUAUAAAUCCAACCAAGAAGGGGCUAUAAAACUCAUCGAAAAGCAAACUGGCACUAUUCUAAAACGCAUUAGUGCACCGCAACCGGCGGAUUUGAUGAAAGCCAUAUCGAACGAAACUAAAAAAGCACUUGAAAGUGUUUCGGAAAGUAUUAUCCCUCACUUUGAGGAGACUGCAAGAGAACUGAUUGAUACGUAUGGGCCUUUGAAAUCUUUAGCCUCGGCUCUUGCUGUUAUCUCGGGCUACACGGAAUUAAAGAAUCGUUCGCUACUAAACGCAGCUGAAGGCUUUAUUACCUAUAUAAUGACGUGCAGCAGAGAGUUUCGCACUUUGGGCUACAUUCGCACGAUUUUAGAAAGAAAUAUUGAUCCUACUUUAAAAAACGAAGCAAAAGGAAUGAAAAUGAGUGUAGAUCACAAAUCUGCCGUUUUCGAUGUUCCUGAAAAUAUUCAUAAGUUAAUACAAGAAAUUUGGUGCGACACAGCCGAUUGUACUCUCAAAGUUGCAGCUACACUUCCAGAACUGAUUUAUCAAGAAUCUAAUUUCGAGAAUGGGAAUGGCUGCACCAAAAAUUACACACCAUGGCGUCGUAUUAAUGGCCAAAAAAAAUCGGGGGGGAAUAAUUAUUUUAAAAAAGGGAAAACAUUUUCAAGAGAUCCCUCAAGGAGGGGAUUCCAACGGAGUUAAUUUCUUUAUUAAAUA